AGAUGGCGUGUCAAGUGGAGAUGAGUGAGAAGAAUUGGAUCACAGUGGAAAAUGCAAAAGGAAAUAAGAGAAUUAAAUUGCUAGUGGACUCGAGUAAAUCCAAGCGUAGUUAUGACAAUUUUUAGGUCGGAGUAAAGGUUUUGGAUCGACGUUGUUACCUGGGAGAUCCGAUUGAAGUCUAUAGAAAUUGUGGUUUGAGGUGGCGUCGAUGAGAGUAACGAGAGGUGCGCACUUUCUUUGUGGUGUGUAUCUUUGGAACAGAAGGAGCGUGCUCUGCGCCUCAAGAAGAUAUCGGAUUGGAAUGUGACGUGUGUGGCUUUUCGAAGCAGAGCGCAUAUCAAGGGUGUUAUCUCUGGGGUGGCACUAGAAGUGAAAUCAAAGGAUAUAUGUGAAGAAUUGGAUCAAGUGGUUGGUGCACACCGACUGGCCCGCGUAGUAGAAGGCGCGAAGAAGCCCACUCCAUCCAUUCUAUAGUUACAAAUAUAUAUAUAUAUAUAUAUAUAUAUAUAUAUAUAUGAAGUCUCUUCUCCCUUCACCCGUGUAUUUUGAUUUUAUGUGAUACCCUGUGAGAGCCUUCAUGCCCAAAACCCACGCAGUGUGAUAAAUGCAAAAUAUUUGGUCACGUGUAUGUAGAUGAGCGGGGUAUCGUAUGCCAGCUGAGCCACAUUUUUAUUUGACCUUUAUUUAACUAGGCAAGUCAGCGAAGAACAAAUUCUUAUUUACAAUGACGGCCUUCCCCGGCCAAAUCCUAACACGCUGGGCCAAUUGUGCGGCACACUAUGGGACUCCCAAUUACGGCCAGUUGGGAUACAGCCUGGAAUCAAACCAGGGACUGUAGUGACGCCUCUAGCACUGCGAUGCAUUUCCUUAGACCACUGCGCCACUCGGGAGGCUUCUGUAAUUGCGUUGGUGAACAUGCACCCGAAUUUCUGAAGUGUCCUGUUAGGGUGAAGGAGACUGAGGCGGUAAGAAUAUGGACUGUCCAGCAUGUCCUAUCCGGAGGCGGUGAGAAGAGUGGAAGAAAUUAGUGAAGUUUAAGAAAUAAUGGUAAUAGGAGUAGAGACACCAGAAAAUAUUAAUUGUCAGAGGGAUCCUGACAUGUUGCAUAUUAAGAAGUUGGACUUUAGCGUUAAUUGCAUUGGCUAUCAUCUGCACAGGGCAAACAGAGGAAACCUAAGAAAAUAGGUAUUGUGAGUGCAGCUGAGCAUUUUGUUUGGACUUGUGGGAUUAAAAAAUAUUAUAUUUUUUACAGCAGAGGCAUUACAAGGAAUGCUGUCGAUGAAUGCUCCAUCUUCACAUGCACCCGAGCCUGUUUAUGGAUGGGAUUUGAACUGUGACUGAAGGAGUGAGAUGUUUUUUAAAAUUUUGUAUAGCCUCGUGUUCCCACCCCAUCCCGCAAUGAAAUAUAUUUGGUUUCAAUACCCGGUGCAGUAGAUGGCGGCAAUAGACCUACACCAAUAGGUGUAUUCUGCCAAACAACCUUAAAAAGAAGAAGAAGAAGAAUAUGACAGCGCAGCGGUUGUUAUGGAGAAGCAUUUCCCCCGAGGGCUGGAGAAACAUUGGAGAGCUGGCGUUGGGGACAGAAAGCAGCUGAUCGGUUUCAGACGGGCUGAGAACACGAGCUCGCGCUUCUGUCAGACUGAAUGAACUCCAUAGGUGUCAGGGGAGGGAGGUAGAAUGUUAUGUAUUCUCAGCAGCACAAUGGAUCCUUGAGACGCCUUGAUGCCGGACUCUUCCUGGUUUCUGAAGCACCACCUGCACUGGCCUAUUACAGGACUAGAAGACUGACAAGAGAUCCAAUCCCAUGCAGCCCCCACCUCUGACCAACCUCUGCCCUUCCAUUCUCUCGUACUAUUGCACUCUGAAUUAAGGAUCUGUGCAGUAUUAGUUCAAAUGUCUUUAUUUAAAAAAUGUUUUUACCUCAUUGAUAUAUAUAUAUAUAUAUCAAUUUUUUUUAUUUUUAUAUACCGGGCCCUCACGAUACAAUACUUAGGCGCCGAUAUGUACUGUGUUUCUCAUGAUUCUAUAGUUAUUGUGAUUUGAUACUGUGAUUUUAUUGGCAUUUGAUGUUCCAAACAUCUCACCACAUGUCGGCUGCAGAGAGUCUCUAGAGAAAGCAUGAUAAAAUGAGUUUUGAUCAUUCAUGGAAAUAAGUGCUGAGAACAUGUUGGCUCAUUAUUUAAGAAGAAGAUGGAGAACAAGUUAUAGGAUGGCGAGUGCUAGUUAACGCUUCCUGGCAAGAAAAAUAAAUUACAAAUCGAAAGUGCCGAUUUUAUAAUGGAACUAUAUCGAUUUAUAAUAUAUUUUUUAGCGGCGAUAUGGAUUUAAGGACUGAAAUAUGGUUCAAAGUUAUUUUUCUUCACUUGCUACUGCUAAAAUCCAGAACCAGAUCAGACCAGUGAAACAGGACAACAGAGGGGGGAGGGGGUGGGCAUUGGUGUGGCAUGGCGGAGCACGGCGAGCUGCUCGGUGAGAUGGCCACGAUUGGGCGUCUGAGCGCCACGGAGCGCUUGAAGCAUGCCCAGAAGCGGCGCGCCCAGCAGCUAAAAGGCUGGGCCCAGAUGGACAAGGACAUGGCCCGCGGUGCGGGCAAGGCCGGCCAGAAAAGCAACAAGAAGGGGCGCACGCGCAGGGUGGUCUUCCCCAACAACAUCACUCUGCUGGAGGCUGCAGCCCGCAAUGACCUGGAGGAGGUGAGGGAGCUGCUGAACGGUGGAGUCAGUCCAGAUCUGUACAACGAGGACGGACUCACUGCCCUUCACCAGUGCUGUAUUGAUGACUUUGUGGAGCUGGUACAGUGUCUUUUGGAUGCCGGGGCCAGUGUGAACGCCUGUGACAGUGAGCUGUGGACGCCGCUUCACGCUGCUGCCACCUGUGGACACACAGACCUGGUGCAGCUCCUCGUGCAGUCUGGAGCAGAGCUGCUGGCUGUCAACGCUGAUGGCAACAUGCCCUAUGACCUUUGUGAGGACGAGGCCACUCUGGAGCUGCUAGAGAUGGUCAUGGCAGAGCAGGGUAUAACCCAGGACCGUAUAAACCGGUGUCGUGGGGCUAAGGAGAUGAAUAUGCUCACAGAUCUUCGAGUGCUGGUUCAGAAUGGAGCGGACCUGAAUGCUCAGGAUGACAACGGGGCCACGCUGCUGCACAUAGCGGCGGCUAACGGCUACUUGUUGGUGGGGGAGCUGCUACUGGAGCACCGGGCCAAGGUGGAGCAGAAGGACACGGACGGCUGGACACCACUCCACGCCGCCUCCUGCUGGGGACAGAUUCUGAUGGUGGAGCAGCUGGUGGCUCAUGGGGCCAGUCUCAACACCAAGUCUGUCCUGGAAGAGACGCCGCUGGAUGUGUGUGCUGACGAGGAGGUGAGAGUCAAGCUGAUGGAGCUGAAGCACAAACACGACGCAAUCAUGAAGAGUCAUGACCGACACAAGGGCACCUUGCAGAGACGAGCCUCCAGCACUGGCAGCAGAGGUAAGGUGGUGCGGCGUGUGAGCGUCAACGAGCGUUCCAGCCUGUACCGGCGGGAGCACCACAAGGAGGCCAUGGUGUGGCAGGAGAGAGGCCGGCAGGCCGAGCCGCAGGACGACGACGAGGACAGACAGACGGACAACGAGCUCCACCAUCACGUUGCCAUGGCUGCAGGUACCAUGUCGAGGCUGGAGAAUGAGGAGGGAGCGGAGAGGAAGUCUAGUCUGGGGAACGGUGGGACGCCCCUUGCCCUCUCGGCGUCUGUCCCAGGGGAGCAGUGGAGUAGAGGCCGGAUGGACCGCAGUGCCUCCUACCAGCUGAGCCCUGCCUCAGGGUCUGGGGGGGAAAGGGACAACAUGACCCUGGAGAAAUCCCACCAGACUCUAGCGGACCUGAAACGCCAGCGGGCUGCGGCCAAGCUCAACAAGUACCCCGCCCCACCUCUACUCCCUCCCUCAGAGGAGGAGCCUCCCUCUCCCACCACUCUGCAGGAGGUGACCCCCUCCCGAGCCGCCCAGGAGACCCCCAGCACAGAGGUGGCCUUUCCCAGCGCUGUGUACUUCACUCCAGCCAGUGGGGACCCGCCCCUGCUCAAACUACGAGCCCCGGAGGAGGACACAUCCAACAACACCAAGGAGCCCUGCUGUGGAAUCAUGUAGAGACACACAAACACUCCCAAUCCACAAUGUAGAGACACACAAACACUCCCAAGCCACAAUGUAGAGACACACAAACACUUCCAAGCCACAAUGUAGAGACACACAAACACUUCCAAGCCACAAUGUAGAGACACACAAACACUCCCAAAGCCACAAUGUAGAGACACACAAACACUCCCAAGCACCCACUGCCUGACUGGAAAUGAGGGAUGUGUAACACUCCUAUGUGACAAACCGAUUUCAAGUCAAAACACUACGGUGACCACCAGAUAUACUUUUUAAGGAUUCAUUGCAGUUUGCUUCAUUCUAAGCAUAUUAUUUGGUUCCGUCAAUAUGCCGUUGAAUGUUUGGUCUUAACUCCAUUUUAGUAAAUGUAGUAGUACAUUUUAUCUUCUUGCACAGAUUUAUUUUAAACCCUCCUUCCUGAAAAAUGUCAAACAUUUAAUAUAUGAGCAUUUAACGUAAUGUUCCUCAUUGCUCCUCUGAGGGUGUGGCCAGAGGGGUCUAUUUGGAUCUCAGGAGACCUUAUGUGGCCACCUGGUGGCUUUUUAGGCUGUGUGUAGAGACUUACAGAUACCAGUAUUACUCUUGCAAUAGCACUGAGUACUUUCCUCUUAAGUCCCUUUUUUCAUGUGUGUUUGGGGCAGUUCAAUAAGAGUUCUCACACAGGAUGUAUCAAGCACAUACUAUAUGAAUUGGUCAUCUGACUUCAGUGAGUAAGCUGUGCUUAUUCAAAGCAGAAAAGGGGCAAGAGCAGAAUGAACCAAACCUGAUUAUUAUGCUUUUUUUCAAGCUGAUAUUUGGACCAAUUAAUGAUUUUUCCUACUUAUGAUUGACUGAACAUGAUUUGAGAUGUGCACUGUAACUUGAUGUGCACUUUUGAUUGAAGGGAAGCACGGAUUAUGAUCGAGAGUGAGGCGAUUUCCUAAAGUGAUUGAUACAAAAGGGUACAUGAUAGCAUUUAUUGAUCUGACAGUGCAACCUGAAAGUAUUCAGACCCCUUGACUUUUUUUCCUAAUUUUGUUUCAUUACAGCCUUAUUCUAGUUUUUUUCCUCCCUCAAUCUACACACACUACCCCAUAAUGACAAAGCGAAUUUAUAAAAAAAAUAAAAAAAACAUUUACACAAGUAUUCAGACCCUUUUACUCAGUACUUUUUUGAAGCACCUUUGGCAGCGAUUACAGCUUCGAGUCUUGGGUAUGACGCUACAAUGUCAUGCUUCAACAUAAGGAUGGUAUUGGCCAGGUGUUGAGCAGUGCCUGGUUUCCUCCAGACGUGACGCUUGGCUUUCAGGCCAAAAGUUCAAUCUUGUUUUCAUCAGACCAGAAAAUGUUGUUUCUCCUGGUCUGAGUCCUUUAAGUGCCUUUUGGCAAACUCCAAGCGGCCUGUCAUGUGCCUUUUACUAAGGAUUGGCUUCCAUCUGGCCACUCUACCAUAAAGGCCAGAUUGGCGGAGUGCUGCAGAGCUGGUUGUUCUCCCAUCUCCAUAGAGGAACUCUGGAGCUCUGUCAGAGUGAUCAUCAGGUUCUUGGUCACCUCUUUGACCAAGGCCCUUCUCCCCUUGAUUGCUCAGUUUGGCAGGGCGGCCAGCACUAGGAAGAGUGUUCCAAACUUCUUCCAUUUAAGAGUGAUUGAGCCCACUGUGUUCUUGGGGACCUUCAACGCUGUGGAAAUGUUUUUGUACCCUUCCCAGAUUUGUGCCUUGACACAAUCCUGUCUACUGACAAUUCAUUCGACCUCAUGGCUUGAUUUUAGCUCUGACAUGCACUGUCAACUGUGGGACCUUAGACAGCUGUGUGUGCUUUUCCAAGUCAUGUCCAAUUAAUUGAAUUUACCACAGGUAAACUCGAAAAACCUGUUUUCGCUUUGUCAUUAUGGGGUAUUGAGUGUAGAUUGAUGAGGGAAAAUGUUUACAUAAGGCUGUAACAAAAUAUACAAAGUUAAGGGGUCUGCAUUCUUUCCCAAUUCACUGUAUUUGUUUUCCAGACACACCAGUCUGUCUGACAGGGUACAGAAUUGGGAUUGUUUUUGAGAAGUUUAUUUUUCUCGUUGGUUUGAAUUUGUAUCACAUUUAAGUGUAGACAAGUGCUUAUUGCCCUACCUUUCUCCUGAUCAGCAUUCAUCACUGUUAUUAAAAUGAUUUAAUGAACAAAAAAAUAAUCUGUUCAAGUGCACUAAGAAAAUUGUACAUUUUAAUAAGUCUAAGAUGCAAUUUGUUAACAAGUUGUUUUUUGUUUUUUCCUAAAUGAUUGUAAGAGAUUCUUAUAUUUAAAUGAAGGUGUUUUUGUCAUGAUGUUCAAUGUUCCUCCUCAGGAUGACAACUUUCUCUAGGCAUUUCUAUUUGAACACUUUCUAUACUCUGUGCUCAGUGGCUACAGUAGGUUGUCCUUAACCAUUCCUUCACAACAAACCUUCCUAGAAACCAGGAUCUACCUUGUUUUCUAUACAUUUCUGUCAGGGGCGGCAGGGUAGCCUAGUGGUUAGAGCGUUGUACUAGUAACCGCAAGGUUGCAAGUUCAAACCCCAGAGCUGACAAGGUAAAAAUCUGUCGUUCUGCCCCUGAACAGGCAGUUAACCCACUGUUCCUAGGCCGUCAUUGAAAAUAAGAAUUUGUUCUUAACUGACUGCCUGGUUAAAUAAAGGUCAAAUAAAAUAAAAGGUGUUGUGAUGACCCCUUCAUUUAAUUUA